AUGAGUGAUCCUUUAGAAUAUCUUAACAAAAUAAACUUCAAUACAAAUAAGUUUCCUCAAUAUACACAUUUAAUAGAAACUUGUCCAUCUGAACAUGAAAAAGAAAAAGUUAUAAGAAUAUGCCGAUGUUGGCAAUCAGGAAAAUUCCCAUAUUGUGAUGAUACACAUAAGAUUUUCAUUGAAAAUGGUGACAAUGUUGGUCCAUAUGUAGCAAAAUUAGUUAGCUAUAAAUUAUCUGAUGAAGAAAAAUUAAAAAAGCAAAAAUACAAUGAAAAAUAUAUAAAAAUGGAUAAUAAAUUUCUCUCUGAAAAAUCUACAAAACUAAAUUUUAAAUUAAAAUAUUCAUUUAUGAAUCAUAAAUUAAGGAAAUCUAUUUUUCUAUCUUUUUUUGUUUUAACAUCUGCAUUGCUUUAUACAAAAAAAGAUCAAGUUACUAAUAUUUAUUCUGCACAUUAA